CUCCUAUAAAUGCUUUUAGGAGAAGAAUCCACUAGAGAGGAGGAGAAAAAGAGCGGGAUGGUUUAGUCUCUUUACGGCAUUUGUUUCAACCAUUCGCCUUCCUUUUUCUUCCUCCUCCUCCAUGGAUGGUGAAGUGGGUCCCCCUGUUCCCCUCGUGGAAUCUCCUCUUGAACUCAACCCCGUUGGAUCUCCUGAGGUCGACGUCCACGCACUGCCGUCUGAUGAAGAUCAUGAUCCGGAUCACGAUCGCGAACACGAGCAGUCAUCUGGUCCUACCGUUCAAACUGUGGAUCUCAAGCAUAAAAUCAUUAAGCAGGUGGAAUAUUAUUUUAGUGAUGAGAAUUUGCCUACCGACAAGUAUAUGCUAAGUUGGAUAAAGAAGAACAAAGAAGGCUAUGUUCCUAUCACAGUUAUUACUUCUUUUAGGAAAAUGAAGAAGCUUACUCAAGACUCCACAUUUAUUGUGGCUGCGCUUAGGGAGUCUUCCAUUCUUGUUGUAAAUUCAGAUGGAAAGAUGGUGAAGCGCCUUGAUCCUUUUCAUUGUGCAGAGGUCAAGGAUCCUAAGCUUUGCACUGUUCUGGUUGAGAAUCUUCCAGAGGAUCACUCAUUGAACAACCUCCAGAGAAUAUUUGGUGCUGCUGGAAAGAUAAAGAAUAUUUCCAUCCGUGAUCCACUAGUUGUGGAAAAGUCUAAGAAAGGAAGUAAAACAGAUAUUUUGAUCAGUAGCAAGGUGCAUGCCUUUGUGGAGUAUGAUACUGUAGAGGCUGCUGAGAAAGCUGCGGCAACUUUAAAUAACGAACAGGAUUGGAGAAAUGGCAUGCGGGUCAGGCUUCUUAAUCAAAUGGCCAAACAUGGGCAGAGAAGACAAGUCUGGAGGGAACCUGAUUCUGAGAAGAAUCGUAAAGGUCGUGGGACUAAUCUAGCAGGAGAUGUGGAGAAGCAUGAUUCAAGUGAGCAUCAUGAUGAUACACCUGUUGAAGAGGAUGGGGAGCAUAUAUCCAAGGAGAAAAAUGGCCAGCAAGGUGGAAAUCGAGGGCGAUCAAGAAAGAACAAAUUUCGUGUUACAAAUGGGAUGGGCCAUGGAACUACAUCCUAUAAUGCUGUGGAACUCUCGAAAGUGCCUCCGGGGCCAAAAAUGCCUGAUGGAACUAGGGGAUUCACGGUGGGACGAGGGCGGCCUCCCAUACCUAAUCGGAGCCAGGAAAUCGUAUAACAGCUACACUUGUGUAAAAUGUGUUUUGUAACUAAUGGUUUGCAGUAGCAUGGGAGAUGGAAGUGGUGUUUGAAUUGCAUGGAAGGAUAACUAUCCUAAUCUCUCUGCUGGAUUGUUGGUUGAUCUUAUGGGUGCCAUUUUGAUUACGAACCAUCAAGUACAGGCUGAUGUUUUGUGCUUGCGGAUUGAUAGAAACGCAACCCUUUAGGAGUUGUAGCGCUGCAUGCAUUUGACUCGUUGAUUCAUGUGUGUUCUCUAAAUGUAUUGUUCCGGAA